AAGCUGUUUCUGUACGGACGCUUUUAAUCUGCGCACCAUUAGAAAGAAGCGCCGCAUUCUCACAUUUUCGCAAGUGUGGCUGCACAGAUGGCAACUACAAAGGUUCCAGAGGUUCGUGACAUCACACGAAUCGAGAGAAUUGGUGCACAUUCUCACAUUCGUGGCCUUGGUUUGGAUGAUGCUUUAGAACCAAGACAGGUGUCUCAGGGGAUGGUUGGCCAGCUGGCCUCCCGUCGAGCCGCAGGAGUCAUCUUGGAGAUGAUCAAAGAUGGCCACAUUGCUGGCAGGGCAAUACUGAUUGCUGGCCAGCCUGGCACAGGAAAAACUGCAAUUGCUAUGGGCAUCGCCCAGUCUCUUGGCCCUGAUACACCCUUUACAGCACUGGCUGGUAGUGAGAUCUUCUCCCUGGAGAUGAGCAAGACUGAGGCACUUAGCCAAGCUUUUAGAAAAGCCAUCGGAGUAAGGAUCAAAGAGGAGACGGAGAUCAUUGAAGGAGAGGUGGUCGAGAUCCAGAUUGACAGACCAGCCACAGGAACGGGUGCAAAGGUGGGCAAGUUGACGCUAAAGACUACGGAGAUGGAGACGAUCUACGACUUGGGCAACAAGAUGAUUGACAGUUUGAGUAAAGAGAAGGUGCAAGCGGGAGAUGUUAUCACCAUCGAUAAAGCCACUGGAAAGAUCACCAAGUUGGGGCGCUCUUUCACCAGAGCCAGAGACUACGAUGCCAUGGGAGCUCAGACACAGUUUGUACAGUGUCCUGAGGGAGAGCUGCAGAAGAGAAAAGAGGUGGUCCACACAGUGUCGCUCCACGAGAUCGAUGUCAUUAACAGUCGCACACAAGGCUUCCUGGCUCUUUUCUCUGGAGACACCGGAGAGAUCAAGUCUGAAGUCCGCGAGCAGAUUAAUGCCAAAGUGUGUGAGUGGAGGGAAGAAGGAAAGGCCGAGAUCAUUCCAGGGGUGUUAUUUAUUGAUGAGGUGCAUAUGCUGGACAUGGAGUGCUUUUCCUUCUUGAACCGUGCCCUGGAGAGUGACCUCUCCCCAGUUCUCAUUAUGGCCACCAACAGAGGCAUCACUCGAAUCCGUGGAACAAACUAUCAGAGCCCUCACGGCAUCCCCAUCGAUCUCCUCGAUCGGCUGCUCAUCAUCGCCACCUCCCCUUACACCGAAAAAGAGACGAAGCAGAUCCUGAAGAUCCGGUGUGAGGAGGAGGAUGUGGAGCUGAGCGAGGAGGCUCACACGGUCCUCACUCGUAUCGGCAUGGAAACGUCACUGCGCUACGCGAUCCAGCUGAUCAGCACCGCAGGGCUGGUGUGUCGUAAACGCAAGGGCACAGAGGUUCAGGUAGAAGACAUUAAAAGAGUUUACUCUCUGUUCCUGGAUGAGGCCAGAUCCUCUCAGUACAUGAAGGAGUAUCAGGAUUCCUUCCUCUUUAAUGAAACACAAACAGCUGCUAUGGACACCUCGUAAUGAAGACGAUGCUUUCUCUUCCUCCUCUGUGAAGUUUUUUUAUGCUGUUCGCCGUCAUCUAGUGUUGGUGUCGAUUCACAACCGGACUUCUUCCCAAAUUUGAGUUUAGCCUCUUGAAUUAACUGAAUUAGACUGGAGGUGGACACAGAAUUGUCCUUGAUCUCCACACUGUUUAAAUUCAAAUCUUUUGGACUGAAAUUCAAUCGAAUUUUGAAAUGACCCCAGUCCUUCAUCUCUGAGGCCUUGUGGCGUGAAUACCCAUUCCUUAAGUGUUUGUUUUAUGUUGUUGACCUUUUACAUGGUUUAAUUUUAUGAAAAUAAGUAAACAAGCUUUUCUAAGCAUAUUGAG